AAAAGCGAAAAUGUUGGAUAAAAGCGGGUCGCCUUUAAACGAUGGUUUUCCACGAAAAUCCCUCAAUUUAAAUGGUGAAAUGACGAACGGCGUGACGCAUCAGAACGGCACAACCAAAGGCAAGACGAAACAAAUGAAAGCGGAAACGGAGACAUUUGCUGCCAAAAAUGGAAAAGCUGUUCCCUUCGCAAAGGAUGGUGAAGUCAAGGAGUCUUUCGAAGAAGUCCCGCUCAUAACAGCCUGCCUCACAUAUCUCGGGUUCUACCUUUUAAUGAUUCUCGGGUACAUAAAUCAACUCUUUUUUGCACCAAAAGUCGCCAAAGAAGAGCAUCGUGAUGGCUAUGUGCCAUUGUAUGACAGUUUCGAACGCUUUUAUCUCAGAUACGUAUAUCGCAGAGUUCGCGAUUGUUGGAAUCGUCCGAUCUGUAGCGUUCCUGGAGCUCGUGUUACAGUCAAAGAACGCGUCACACACGAUUACGGAUGGAGUUUCGAGUUUACUGGACGCGAAAUUGACUGCUUGAAUCUCGGUUCGUACAAUUAUUUGGGCUUUGCGCAAAACAGCGGUCCAUGUGCCACAGACUCUGAGAAAUCCAUACACGAGGCAGGCUUGUCGUUGUCAAGUCCACGUCGUGAAAUCGGCACGAGUGCAAUACACGUGGAACUCGAACAGCUAACUGCCAAGUUUUUGGGCGUUGACGAUGCCAUCGUGUUUGGCAUGGGUUUCGCUACGAAUGCAUUGAAUUUGCCGUCCUUAUUGUCGCCCGGAUGUCUCGUCAUUAGCGACGAGAAGAAUCAUGCUUCGAUUAUUUUGGGCAUCCGAUUGUCGGGAGCGACAACAAAAGUAUUCAAGCACAACAACAUGAAGAGUUUGGAAAAGGUGUUGGAGACGGCGGUCGUUCAUGGACAACCGAAAACGGGAAAACCGUGGAAAAAAAUCCUCAUUAUCGUCGAGGGGGUGUUCAGUAUGGAGGGAUCGAUUGUGAAACUUCCGGAAAUUAUAGCACUGAAGAAAAAGUACAAGGCUUACGUGUACCUGGAUGAAGCGCAUAGCAUUGGGGCAACGGGUCCGCAUGGCAAAGGUGUCAUCGAUUAUUACGGAUGUGAUCCGCGCGACAUUGACAUUUUGAUGGGAACAUUUACAAAGAGUUUCGGCUCAGCCGGUGGAUAUAUCGCUGGAUCAAAGAACCUAAUAAACUUUUUGCGUGCGAAUAGCCAUGCUAAUUGCUAUGCCACAUCAAUGUCACCACCGGUGACGCAACAAAUUCUAACAUCCAUGAAGAUAAUUAUGGGACUCGAUGGCACGGACGAGGGAAAACGACGCAUCGACCAAUUAGCACGCAAUACGAAUUACUUCAGGCGACGCCUUGCCCAAAUUGGCGUUAUCACCUACGGGCAUCAGGAUUCGCCUGUUGUACCAAUGUUGGUGUAUUUGUUCUCCAAAAUUGGUGCCGUGGUUCGAACACUUGCAACCAAAGAAAUCGCCGUAGUGGGCGUCGGUUUCCCAGCUACACCAAUUAUGGAAGGCCGAAUACGUUUCUGCCUCUCCGCUGCUCACACAAAAGAACAAUUGGACUAUGCCUUAGAUGUCAUCGACGACAUUGGAGACACACUGGGCUUGAAAUAUUCUCGAUUACCGCGAGAUCCGAACCCAAUUGAAUAUUAAUCACACAAAAAAAUCGCUCUUUACUACAAAAAAAAGUUCAACUUCUAAGUCAUUAACCAGUUCCGCGUUUUUUAUCAAAUAAAAGCUAUCGAAUUGAAGUAGAAAAGUAGAAAAUCACACGUUUGUUGAUAUUCAUGAUAGCUUGCUAAGUAGAGCACAUUUCAAAAAAAUCAAGAAUUUCGAAUACAUUCGAAUAUUUUUUUAAGUACUAAUAGCAAAAUAAUUUUAAGUCAAUCAGUAGGACCAAAACGGAAUUUUAUUCACACAUUUUCCAUUCAUGCAAGAACAAAUUAAUUAAUUCAGAGACAAAUGCUAACGCACUACCAGUAAUAAUAUUAAAUUAAGUAAUCAAAUACAAACAAACAAUAUUCCUAUUGAUUAGUCAAGCAAUUGAGAAACGCUUAAUUUUAUCAGGUUUUAUUUUUUGUAUUUUAUAGUUUUAAAGAAUAUUCGUACCUAAGCUUAUAAUACUACAAAAUGGAUCUAAUUGGUUAACAAAGGUCAGUAUUUGGGUCAAAGAUCUAAUUCAUAAAAAUGAAUAAAAAUCAAUUUUUAAGACAAUAUUAUAAUAAAAAAUAAUUAAAGGAAAGUUUGACAAGCAUUUAUGUUCUUUAGUUGAAAUUUUCGAGGUUUCUUUUUGGGCUAUUGGAAUAUGAUUAGAGAAA